CGACACCGACCGCACCGCUUAUUCAAACCCCUCCGUCCGCUUCCCCACUCCGCCCGAAGGAACGUUGCCCCCGACCGACCGCAGUCCGCGACCAAGAUGCUCCCUUUCCUCUGCCUCCUCGCCGCCUCCGCCGCCGCGCUGCGGCACCACCACGCCGCCGCCGACGUGCCCCCGUCCAACAAGCUCAUCUUCAUCCUCGCCGGCCAGUCCAACAUGGCCGGCCGCGGCGGGGUGACCGGCACGCACUGGGACGGCGUGGUGCCGCCGGACUGCGCGCCCUCGGCCUCCGUCCUCCGCCUCUCCCCCUCGCUGCGCUGGGAGCAGGCCAGGGAGCCGCUGCACCAGGGCAUCGACGGCAACCGCACCUGCGGGGUCGGCCCCGGGAUGUCCUUCGCCAACGCCGUGCUCCGCUCCGGCGGCGCGCGCGGCGCCGCCGUCGCCCUCGUGCCCUGCGCCGUCGGCGGCACGCGGAUGGCCGAGUGGGGGAAAGGGUCGGAGCUGUACGCGGACAUGGUGCGGCGCGCCCGGGUCGCCGUGGAGACCGGGGGGCGGAUCGGGGCCGUGCUGUGGUACCAGGGCGAGAGCGACACCGUGCGCUGGGCCGACGCCAGCGAGUACGCGCGCCGGAUGGGCGCCCUCGUCCGCGACCUCCGCCAGGACCUCGCCAUGCCCCACCUCCUCCUCAUCCAGGUUGGGCUGGCAUCAGGGCUUGGGCAGUACACCGAAGUCGUAAGGGAAGCUCAGAAGGGCUUAAAACUUCGGAACGUGAGGUUUGUCGACGCGAUGGGGUUGCCGUUCCAAGACGGCCAUCUGCAUCUGAACACCCAGGCUCAGGUCCAGCUGGGACAUAUGCUGGCUCAGUCCUAUUUAACUUAUGGGCAUGCACAUCCUCUUCGAACACCCACACCAUGGUGGCUGCAACUUACUACCUUGGCUUGUUGCUUCAUUGUUCUUUGGAGGGAGCCAUACACAUCUGUGCUUAUAUAAUCAAACAAACAGAGGAGGUUGAAGAAGAAAGCUACUGAGCUCUGCACAUAACCAUAUACCAAUACAUAGGCAAUGCGAUGCCGAUACAUAGAAGAUUCAUUCUUUCAGGUGUAUAUAUACACACACAUUGAGAAGAAAAGAAACACUCAUAGAGAUCAUAUAUACAGUAGAAGAUUUUACGACACAUUUUGGUUUCUCCUCUGGUAAACCUGGCUAACUCUAGUGUAUGUAUGCAAGCAAAGUCAGCAUAGAUGGAAAAAUGAUCUGAUUUAUUGAGCUUGUGUAUUUUCUGGUAAUCUUAGUCAUUGAUAAGAACACUUGAGGACGUACAUGCUCAUGACAACAAUUCUUAGUUAUAGUACCAGUAUCUGAUUUGAUGGGGAAAUAAGUCAAAAUAAGAGUGAGUAUGAUAGUAUAAAUUAUUUUUCUAGUUAGUUCAAAUAGCAGCAUGUUUGCUCCUCUCCGGUACCAUAAACCCACCAUAUACCUUCCUCAAAACAGCCAUCAUACCUACCUAUCAUGACAUUUUCAUAGUCAUUCCGAGAUAUAUUGUCAUGCAACUUCC